AAUGCUUUCUCCAUUGGCUAACAAAACUCGUUCAACGUUAAGCUUUGGCGCUUGCAGUUUCUGUACCUGUUGUUCACGUGUACUGUCAAAUAUUGAAGUUCAGUAUAGACAGUGCUUGAACACUCAGAUAGUGUUACAAUUUGAUGUUGUAGGAACACACUCUGGAAACAAUGAAGACAGUGUUACUUACUUUUGUUUUAACGAUGGCAUUUAAAGCAGCCGUCACCAUUGACAAGCGCUGUGAUGUCCCAGCUGAUGUUGUUUUCAUAAUGGACUCUUCAGACAGUAUCAAGGCUGAGGAGUGGGAGCAAGAGAAAAAGUUCGUGUCUGUUUUAAUAGACAGUCUCCAUGUGGACAGACACGCUAUACACGUUGGGGUCAUUGUUUAUAGCACGGAUAUCGGAUUAGUUAUAGAUUUACAACCAUUCAAGACUAAAGCAGAAUUAAAACGUAUGCUUGAAGAAGCUGCUCAUAUGGAACUUGGCACAAACACUGCCAAAGCCAUUGAGACAUUGAUUAAAAUGUCUUCUGAUCAAGGCAGGUAUGUUUUUGAUGCUAAACAAAUUGGUGUCAUCAUCACUGAUGGGAGAUCCUCUGAUGUCCAACAGACUAUCAGUCAAGCCCAACGUGCGAGGAAUGAGUUUAACAUUGACAUGAUUGCAUUAGGAGUUGGCAAUGAAACAUUUCUUGAAGAACUAGAAGCUAUAGCAGGUUCAGAGAAUCGUCUUUUUCAAGUUCAAAACUUCUCAGGUCUCCAUAACGUAGUGAAACAGCUGGAAGAUCUUAUUUGUGAAAUCAUACCUACGACCACAUCUACUAUUGAAACCAGUCCUACAACAACAACUACAAUGGAACCCACCACUAGUCCUUAUGUCUCACCAUUUCCAUGCUCCAAACCUGCAGACAUUGUUUUUCUAAUUGAUGGCUCCUACAGUGUUUCCCCAGCAGACUGGAUAAAAGGGAAACAAUUUAUUUCUUAUCUAAUCAACAGUAUAGACAUUGGUAUGGAGUCAGUACAUGUUGGUUUAGUUGUGUUUGGAACUGACAUUGGUGAUAUUGUACCCUUAUCACCAUUCAAAAAUAAAGCUGAAUUAAAAGCAUCAGCAUCAGCACUGGUUCAACCACCUAUUGCUAAAACUAACACAGCAUUGGGUAUAGAGACUGUAAAUAGUAUGCUAGCUUCACAAGGACGUCCUGAUGUCCCUCAUAUUUUGAUUGUAAUCACUGAUGGAAAGAGCUCAAAUCCUUCAGAAACAAAACGUCAGGCUCAUCUUGCUAAACAAAAGGGCAUUGUGAUAUUUGUUGUGGGUGUUGGCAAUCAAGUUGUUCAAGAGGAAAUGUUAGACAUGGCCACAUCAGCACAGUCAAUGUUUGAUGCUCCAGAUUAUAAAUAUCUCAUUGGCAUGGUGAAAGUGUUGAGAGACAACAUUUGUAUAGUAAUUCAAGAAAACACAACUCUGUCUACAAGUUUGUCCACUACAACAACAAGAGUUACUACUCAACCUACAAUUCCAGCAUUGUGUCAACAGUGUUUGGUUGAGGGUGGAGUCGGCUUCAACCCUUUACCAGAUGACUGUGAAAAAUAUGUUUUGUGUUUGCCAAAUGGUGCUUCAUACACACCAAGCAUCAAGUCAUGCCCAUUUGGAAUGUUUUGGAGUCAUGAGGCUGUCUCCUGUCUUGAUGCCAGAUAUGUGCAUUGCCCAGCUGAUAAGUGCAAGAAUUCACCUAACCUGAAAAGGUACCCUACAACAUCUGAUACUGCAAAUUGUAGAAGUUAUUUGAGCUGCGUGACUGGACGGUCCAGUCCUUUAUGCUGUGAAGCUGGUUACAGGUACAGGGAUGGGCCUGGAUGUAUCCCUGAUCCCUCUUGUCAGGAUCCUUGUCCUUUAGAUGUAACUAUAUACAACCAAGGUGCUUGCCAGUUUCGUCCUGACCAUCAAAGUUACUAUAGCUAUUUAGAGAUCCUACCAGGCCAAGGAAAUAUCAGAAGGAAUUGUAAACCUGGCCAGAUGUACAGCCAUAAACAUUGUGCCUGCACUUAUGAUGUCAGUCUGGUUGUACCACAAAUUGGAUGUUUACCAGCUGUCAAGUUAACAUUUAAUGGUACUUUUGAUGACAGUUCAAAGAAUCAUCAACAUAUUGAAGUCAAAGGAGUUGGCUUGUCCACUGUUGGUUCAGCUGUAUUUACUAAUAACAGCCUCAUAUCAUUGCCAAAUACAGCUAAUAAAGAGUUUGGAGAUAAACUUCUUAUUAGGCUAAAAUAUAGAGUCAUUAGGAAUGUACAACCUGGACAAACUUUUACAUCCAAUAAUUGGGGAUUCCAAGGCUGGUUAAAUAAAGAAAACAACACACACAAUUCUACAGAGAUUUUGAACAGUGAACUUUUGAGGAAUAUUUCAGACAAGAUUCACAUUUCUGGCUCAGAAAGCAAAGCCUUGGAAAAGAUGACAUUCAUCAAAAAUGGGUCAAUAGUACGAGAUCCAAGUUAUGUAUUUACAACAAAUGACACAUGGAGUAACAUGCAAUUAUCUGGCAAUAUUGUUCAGCUGGGAAAACUAGGAAACAUGAACUCUUCUGUCAUGGAGAAUGGGGUUUUAUACAUCUCUAAUGGAAAAGGAAAACUUUUGAUUCAAGAAGCUCAUAAAGGGUUGAAAAAUUCAAUACUUUCCAGAUGGACUGUUGUGUCAGUUAAUGUAGAUGGCAGCACAGGUAUGAUUGAAGAAACUGGUUUGGGCAGUGUACCAGCGGCUAUUCAAGAGAAGUUUGGAUUUGUACUGAUGCCACCAGUUCUACACAGAUGGGCUUUUCUUAAUCCUGAUGGCUUUGUUCUACAACAAGGCGAGGGAGUAAUUCCCCCUGAAGUCAUCAGUCGAUAUGAAGGGUUCAUUGAUGGUAGACUAAUACGAUUCAAUGAUCAAGGGGGUGUAAUUCUACAGUGGAACAUUUCUAAACCAGAUGGAUCUGAGCUUCAACAUGGAACUGGCAGUUUUCCAAGCAAUUUGAUUGAUACUUUUAAAUUAUCCUCUUUGCUGUCUCCUAAGCAAACAUCCGCUGUAUGGUCAAUUCUCUCUGCCAGUGGAGAUGUGCUGGACUCAGGAAAAGGGGAAACAAUUCCUGCUGACAAGGUACAACUUUAUGCUGGAAAUCCACUAGUUACUCUAUUCCAGUCUACCAGUAGAGAUGGACACUCUCCAAUAUGGCAUCUUUCUAGACCAGAUGGAGUCAAACUAAUUCAAGGUCAAGGAUCUGUGCCACAAGGCAUUGCUCAAUUUAUUAAAGGGGAGAUAAUGCUUCCGCAGAUGUCAUCAAUAAAUGGCUGGAAAGUGGAACUCCCUAAUGGUGAUGUCCAAUCUGGCACAGGUUCCAUUCCACAACAUAUACUUGAUAUUAUCAUGAAACACUACACUGAGUCCAAUAGUAUGUUACCUGACCAGCUGGUGCAAACAAGUGGACACCAAUCACUAGGUGACACACAGAAUUCUUUCCUCAGUCAAGGUUCCAAUCUGAAGCAACAAUGGGAGAUUACUCUGCCUAAUGGCAGUGUUCAACAUGGUAGUGGACCAUUGAGCUCUGAUAUACUGACUUUAUUGGCUCAACAAAACUUAGACCCAACACGCUUUCAAGGUAACAUUAGAACUAGAAGAGCUGCAAAGACAUUGGAAGUCAUGGAUGUACUGUCUAAUUGUGCUUCAUCCAUUCAGUUGUUAACAUCAGAUAAUGACAUCAUGUUGACAGUUAAGACAUCUAAAUACACCAAUGGUGUAAAUGUUACAUUGCCAAUUCAUGACGGCAUGAAUGAUGUGUGGUUAAAAUAUGAUGGCCAACAUCUAACUGGAAUCGUCAAUGGAUUUGUUAUGAAAAAACCUUUAUCAGGAACUAUUCUUAGUUCACCACAUCCAUUGACUAUUGGUCACUGUCCAGGUAGAGAAGGAAAUCAAUUUAUUGGAGAAAUAGAUCUGUUGGAGAUACAUCAUUGUUUGCCUUGAGUUAGAAAUGCUCAAUAAAAAAAAUAUAUAUUAGUUUGGUAUAUUUCCAAAAUAUACAUGCCAGUGCUAACCAUUUUUAACAACCUAAUGACUGACUAAUUAAAAUCAAUGUCUAUAACAA